CUGUGUGUUUUAAAGAAAAGAAGAAAGGAAGGCUAGUGGUUCCAUCAGCUUCAGUACCUGACAGUCCACUACUCAUUUCUCCAACAUGCUGCUGCUCCUAUUGCUGCUGUCAUUUGGGGAUGAUGGCCAUGCUCAGUAUGUGCUGGGGCAUUUUGGGGACAAUGGCUCGUGUGUGUGCAAGGUAAACUCCAACAUGUGGUCGUUCCCUGCUGUGAAGUACGAGGCUGUGAUGCAGCAGAUUCAGUCCUGUGAAGUAUCUUUGAAUAACCUUGACAAACAGGUGAAGUUGUCCAACCAGCAUCUCCCUCACAUCCAGGCUGUGAUUAAGAAUGUGACCGCUCGGCUGAAGCCUUACCAAUAUCUGCAUAACAAGGGCCUGUACACGCCCUUGUCUCUGCGCCUCCUAGGCCAGGAGCUCAGCCAGCUGGAAACAGACAUCAGUACCAUCCACAGCCAGUUAAACAACGCCCAAACACAGAAACUCUCCAAAGAGGUGGGUAAAUUGCGUAGAGAUGUAGACAAGAUGAAAGCAUCAGACACAAUUAACAUGAAGACUGUCAAAGAGAAACUGCGCUACCUGAAGAACAGUGCUGAGUCAUGCAAGUCAAUCCCCAAAGACUUUAGAGGUCAGGAAGGGUACUGCCUCAAGGGCCUGAUCCGCAACAUCAGUGAACCUAUCGUGACUAAGGUCAGCCCCUAUGGUAAGACCUACAUCUCUGGCUCAUGGGGCAAACAAGCCCAGAUGAACAGCGAGGGGCAGAAGUCCAGCUACUGGGUUCAAGGUCUGUUCAACAAUCAUGCCUGGGGGAACACUGUGCGUGUAUACCAAACCUAUGAAGACUUCAUGGCCUCAGUCAACCACAAGGACUUUACCUUUGCUCCAUCCUACACUGCUGCCAGUGCCAUCGAGGGUCCCAGUGCUGUCCUCUAUGGUGAAGCGCUCUACUAUCACUGCUACCGCUCUCCAGAUGUCUGCCGCUAUGACCUCAACACCAACAUUGUCAAACGGGUGACUCUUCCAGGCACUGAAGUCGGUUUCAACAACAAGUUCCAGUAUUGUUAUUAUGACUGCCGUCCCUAUAGUGAUAUCGACGUGGAGGCAGAUGAAACAGGACUAUGGGCCCUCUAUACCACUGUUGGUAACCAUGGUAAUCUAGUGGUGAGUCGGCUAAUUUGGGACAGUGAGGCUGAGAUGCUCAAUGUCUCACAGACUUGGGAGACAAGGCUAUUUAAGAAGGCGGUUAGCAAUGCUUUCAUAGUGUGUGGUGUGCUGUAUGCUACUCGAUAUGUAAAUGAAUACUAUGAGGAGGUGUUCUAUGCCUUUGACACAGCAACAGGCAGAGAGGACAACUCACUAGACCCCCACGGGAGAAGGUAG